AUUGUCAAAGCCAACAACCGAGACCUCUCUUACAUCCUCCUGAUCUCCCUCUUGCUUUGUUUUCUGUCCUCCUUUCUUUUCAUUGGCCAGCCAAGGAAAGCCACUUGUUUUCUCCGGCAAACAAUGUUCAGCAUUGUCUUCUCAGUAGCUGUGUCUUCUGUGUUGGCCAAAACAAUCAUGGUGGUGCUGGCUUUCCUGGCCUCAAAACCAGGAAACAAGAUGAGAAGAUGGUUAGGAAAGACCUUGGCCAACACUACCAUCCUUUCUUGUUCUGGUGUCCAAAUUUUCAUUUGUGUCCUGUGGCUGGGAGUUUCCCCCCCAUUCCCUGAUUCUGACAUGCACUCUCAGCCUGGAAAAAUCAUCCUUCAAUGCAACGAAGGCUCUGUUACCAUGUUUUAUAUUGUCCUCGCCUACAUGGGUUUCCUUGCUAUCAUUUGCUUCAUAGUUGCUUUCUUGGCCAGGAACCUGCCUGGGGCCUUCAAUGAAGCCAAACUGAUCACUUUCAGCAUGCUG